UUUGGGGAAUGCUAGUAGCUCCUUGUUAGACCUUUUAUGGAGUAGCAGCUGUGGAUCGAAUCCUGUAGAGAUAUAUAUCUCCAUGGAGUCCUCCAAACGUGCUCCACCCUGUUCCGACGACGCAAGCGGUGGCGGCGGCGGCGGCGGCGCGCGGCUGUUCCCGUGCCUGUUCUGCAGCAAGACGUUCCUCAAGUCGCAGGCGCUGGGCGGGCACCAGAACGCGCACAAGAAGGAGCGCGUCGCCGGCGGCGGCGACUGGAACCCCUACGCCACCUCCUACGCCGCGGCGCUCGAGCUCGACGCGCUCGUGGCGGCCGCCGCCGGCAGCGCGAUCCCCACCACGUACGCGCUCGUGGCGGGCGCCCAGCACUGCGGCGGCGCUGGUGGCGGCGCCAGGGCUGGGGAGGCGUACAGGGACUCCGGCGCCGCCGCCAUCGCGGCGCGGCGCUUGGAGCUGGUGGACCGGUGGACGGGGGGCCCCUUGCCGGCCCUGAACGGCGGUACCGAGCACGACGCCGGCGACAUGGACGGGUUGAUGGAUGACGUGCUCAACUGGAGAAGGGGCACGCAGCAAGCCGUCCCCGUGGUGGUGGUGGUGGUGGUGUGCAUGCAAUAGUAGGACAUCAUUUCACAACACCAUACAACACUUUAAAUGCUAUGAUAAGCCUAUUUAAUCGUGAAAUGAAACCUUUGUAUUAUAGUGGUUAUUUCAUCCAUAGUUAUAUUUCACUGUAACUGAUAUUGCUGCCUUGGAAACAAUUAAAUGAAACUUA